AUGGAGAGGGGUAACAUCCUGGAUUUCUGGAAGCACGGCCAGAAGGGCGCGCUGGUGGAGGCCAACGGAGUGCGUGAGAGCAAUGCCUGGGCGCACCUCAACGCCUUCCUUGACAUCACCAGGACAGUGGCGGUGGCCCUGGAGCAGCUGCAGGCCGGCGAGUUUGACACCGUGACCCACUCCCUGCACCGCCUGGCCAAGGACUUCAAACAUAAGUUCUCGCUGUUCAACGGGCCCAUGCAGACCCAGCGCGCGGGCGUACUGCGCGGGCGCAAGUAG